AUGCUCCGGAAGGUUCUACUACAACCCAUGACCAGCGUUCCAUGCGCACACGAAUCCACCAUUUCGUUCCAAUUCCCAUCGUCAUCCGGGAGUCCGUCUCCUCCUCCCAUCCUACCAUCAUCGCCCGAUCUGGCAUAUCAAAACCAACCGGGGUCCUCCAAUCCCUACCUCGCCCUCCCGCCGCCUGAAGACGAGAUCCCCGACCUUGACGAGUUGCCCUCCGAACAACCACCCUUGCCCCCACCUACCACGCCUGCUCGUACCAUGUCAGGACACCAUCGCAUCACCCUCGCCGCCAACCCUCCCUAUUUCGAUGGGGACAAGACCAAGUACAUGGGCUUCGUGGACUCGUGCACCACCUACAUCGGCGCAUACCGGUCGGAAUUCUCGCUGGAUGAAACCAAGAUCCUCUUCAUCCUCUCCUACCUCCGCAACAAGGCUGGCACAAGCUGCGCCGCCUCGAGAUGGGCGAUGAACUGGAAGCAGCGCAACUUCGAGAGCCUUAAUGGAAUAAAGGCUGGGGUCACCUCGGCAACCUUCUUGGAGGAACUACAGAAGGCCUUUGGGGACUCCAAUGCGGAGCAAGUUGCCGCCGCUCGACUCAUGGCUCUGCGCCAGAAUAGACGAUCCUUCGCGGAUCAUAUCUCCGACUUUGAGAUGCUGGCUGCAGACGCAGGGUACAACGUGGUCACCUCCACCGACAGCAAGGGCGAGUACAAGAAGGGGGAUCAGGACAACAUCCUCAUCGAGUUCCUCGAGCGUGGACUGAGCAGCGAGAUCGCAAGCCGCCUCUACAACACUGGUGUUCCCCUGCCCAAGGCGUAUGGCGCCUUCAAGGACUGGUGCGUCAACAUCGAGGCAAACGCUCUGCGCGAUCAGCUGCGCAAAGCGUCGCAUGGGCACUCCACGCCACGACCACCUCCCCCAUUCCGCCCACAGGCAGCCCCAACAACACCUACACCCGCCCCGGCCCAACCCGCUGCCAACGAACCGGUCCCAAUGGAUAUCAAUCGCACCCACGCCCGCGGCCGCAAUAUCAUCUGCUACAACUGUCAGCAGCCGGGCACAUCGCGCGGAACUGCCCGUGUGACAAUCAACCCAAAAACAAAGUCGAAAAGAGAAGUGAAUUCGAAGACUGGAGAAUACAACCAAGUAGCUACAGUAUUUAUACCCAAAUCCAGUCUGAGUCAUAUCUACAACUAA